CACAAACUCAUGACAUACAAUUUUAUUUUAAGGUUAGUUUUAGUACCCGGGAAAGAUUGCACAAGUUUAAAACUUCAUUUUAAAAGUUUAAAGAAACUAUUACUAAAAUAAUAUUUGAUUAAAUAUUAAUAAUAAGAGUUAGAAUGUCGUCCAAGUUACGAACUAGACUUUCAAACAUUGCCAACGAACUAGAUGACUUAGAAUUGUAUCUUAAAGCAAUUCAAACAAAGACAAACAAUGAUAAAAUGAGCCAAUUUGAAAGCAACUCUUACGAUCUAAUAUUUUACAUUAUUUUAUGCACAAUUAUUGUACUUUUUGUUUGGUUUUGCUUUGAUUACAUUCAAGUCUCUCAACUGCCAUAUUCAAGAACUAAGUUAAAACAAUUGCAACAGGCAACUAAAAAUAACGACACCGUACAUGCAUUAUCCCUAUUGGAACCGAGUUUAAUCAACAUAAGCGCCAAUGGCUACACACCAUUUUUGUGGGCUUGCUCGAAUGGAAACACUGUCCUGGUGAAGGCAAUGUUAUCAAUGGGUGCCGACAUAAACGCAAAAACCGAUAACCACGAAAACUCUUUCUACCUCGCUGCUUUCAACUGCGUGUGCAACAUAACAAGCAAAGAUGCAACAUGCAUCCACGCAUUAUUUCAUGCAGGCGUAGAUAUAAACAUGCCAAACAACCGCGGCAUAACACCUAUACAAAUGGCGGCGUCCUUCGGGCAUGCGCGAUUGGUGCAAUGGCUGAUUGCAAAAGGAGCAAAUCUUGACGUUCAACCCUCACUCAAAGAGAUCUCCUUAUCAAAUGGUUACUCUGAUGUCGCUGCACUGUUGCCUAAGUCAAGGUAAUUCACCCUAAGAAACAACUAAAAACCAUGUAAAGUAUUUGUAGACUAGAUUUUAAUAACACCGAAGAGUUUUCCUGGACCACACGCAGGCAACUGGCACGUUUUCUCCUCCAUUUCGGUCUCAGCUUCAGUGCAAUUCUCAACACAAUGCCGCCAUCUUAUCUGACGUCCUUUACCACAGGACACGCUGCACGACGACCAAUCCGUCCAAUGUCCCCAUUUCGAACCAGUCUUUCCCUCGUUAUCUUUCUUCGCCUUUUUCAUUUUAUUAUUAAUCAUUGGCAGCAAACUGCUUGGAGAUGAAAAUGAAAUAGACUCGGGAGUAACCGAUUUCUUAUCGGAUUUGCGUUCAAUCUCUUCAAUUUGCUCCAAAACUUUCGCCAACAAAGCUCUGAUUUCUUCAUAAGGUUUACUAUCACUACGUUCAACCCCUGGCGUCGAAAAACCCCUAGGUGUGGUAAGCAACAUCAACUUUUUCGUUGAUCCACGCACUGGCAGCGUUUGCUCAACCACCGAAUCGAAAAAAUUCACUUUACUCUUCUCAUUACUCGGUUCAAACGUCGUACUAUCACCAAACAUACACACAAUUUCAACCAAUGAUAUAAUCAUCACAAUAAUCAAAAGAUAUAAAUGCAUGAUUCA